CUCAUCAACGGCACCAGCAGCAUUCGCAGUCAGGCCGAGCAUAAUUACCCCCUGGUCGCAUCGCCGCGGCGCCUUGACACGUUACCAAAUCGCAUCCAAGUGCACAGAAGCCCGUCCCUCGACGGCCCGUCCCCGCACUACAGACGCCUUCAAGCACGUCUCGCUUGGUAGCAGCCAAAGCACGCACAGGCACACAGCGACAUACAGCCGCGAGAGCGCUCAGGCCAGCGCGUGCGAGGGCAGUGGAAGUCUGGAAACUUCUGGCUGCAGCGAAUUGUGUGUGUGAGUGCGUGCGUGCUGGUGGGAAGCUUGCGCUGGGCCAGGGCGCGAUAAUCGGAAGCUGUAGCUCGGCCCCCCGAAAUGCUGCCCGCGCAACUCGACGUCGCAGCAGCUGAGUGAAUGACGACUUCGACCGUUGCCACCCCCCACCGCGCCCGCUCUCAUCUCUGACUCGGCCUUCGCGAGCACCGCCCGCCAUGUCGUACUACGGGAACGGCCAGAACUACUACGACCCAAACGCACCGUCCGCCAACCCAGGCGCAUCCGCCCACUACCAGGACCCGUACAGUCGCAGCCCCGACAAUGGCGACACGGCAAAUGGAGGCGCCGUGGGCUAUGGACAGGCACCGCGCCCGCGCCAGCAUGACGAGCUGUUCAUCGGCACCAACAUGUCCCCGCAGCUGAGCCAGGGACCAGCCUCUCCCACGGCGGGCGGCUAUGGCAACAGCUAUGCAUACCAGUCCCAGCAGCAGCAGCAGUACAAUCCGCAAAACUACGGCUCCCCCGCCAUUGCGUUGCCGAAUCCCCAGCACUAUGGCGGCGUCAACAGGACAUUUGCUCCCGCCGCGCAGUCAGCGCCUCUGCCAUACAACCCAGCCGCCUACGUAGACAACGGCGUCGGCAGGACCAACAGCGUCAACCACCCGUAUGGCUUCUCGCCCACGUCGCCAACUACAUCGUACCCCUCGCCCGCAAACUACCAGCACUCGCAGUUUGGAAGGACGCAGUCGGUGCAGGGGAGGAUGUCAGCUUACACAACACCUGCCCCACCGCCUCUGCCUACAAUCCCAGGCAGUGCGCAGUCCCCCACAGACGACUGGGGCAACUAUGCACCUCGCCAGCCCUCGAACGCGCGCGCUCAGUCGUAUUACCAGCCCUCUGGUGCCAAUCACGCUCCGCUCCCGUCGCCGCCCCUCUACGACAAUGCCUACAACUCCCAAGGACGUGUUGACAGAUAUUCCUCUGUCUCAAGCCACCACUCGAGCACGCUUCCUCCCACGCCCGAGGUCCCUCCCCACCGAUCGAACACCACGUCUUCACGGCCACUCCCCAACCCCCCUGCCGAGUCUGAUAGCGAUGAGUAUUUCGCGCCCCAAAAUGGUUCGCAGGACCAGCUUUUCCUGGACGUAAUGAACAUGACUUCAGGUGCUCAGCAGGUCCAACACCCGAACGGCGGUCAAUACUACAAUGGGAGGAAUGGCGAGCGUGUGAACGGAGAUCGCCUUGCGCCAUAUCCUGUCCGCGAUACUUACACUAGCGACGAGAGUGAUGUGGAGGCAGCUGCUGGUUUGGCUGCCCUCCAGUUGGCAGAAGCACAAGAAGCGGCCGACGACGCUCGCAGGCUUACCGGAGGUGCCGGCCGGUUCAGCACAUAUGCAUCCAUUCCCUCUUCCUCACAACCUGUCGGAUCGAGCCGGCCUGUGGGAGGCGACGACGACUAUGGUCCUAUGGAUAUGGGCUUGUAUGGUGGUGGCUUUGCGCCCUCUUUCAACUACGGGGGAGACCCUAAUCAAUUGAUAGCUGGAGCAAACCACUCGUUGUCAACCUCAGGCUCGCAGCGACAGUCCGAGCCUGCCAAUGAUGACUACGACCCUAUCCACCCCUUUCCGUCUUUCUCGACGAAUGCGCGCGUCGACACCUUUGGUACUGGGGGUUUGGAGGAGCCCAGCGCACGGCGACGAAGCUAUGACGAGGGAGACGAGGCGACCCUCAUGGAUUCUGCGUCUGUCAUGUCAGGCGCCACCCUCAUGGAACCCUUAUCUGCGAUGCCUGGCGAACCCCCAGAUAUGUUCUAUCACCCCGGCAUGACCAACCGUCCCUUACCACCUCCUCCAGCAAGUAACAACCGCCGGAUGAACCAUUCGAGCACAGGUUCAACUGGAUCCUACGAGUAUUGGCGCAAUGCUCCUUCGUCUCGUGGAUCAUAUCCCGUUGACCCCAACGCUGUGCACAUAGCUUCACCGGCCGGUACAGUACCCCGCUCGGCCUCACUCCUUCAGCAUAGCAAUGCUCCGCAAGCAAUACCACUUCCGAGGUCAAAGACGGAUGCCGAACAGGGCUAUAGAUCGCGACAGGCCAAUAACCGAAAUACCCUGUACGGCGGCGCUAUGGAUAGUGACGGAAACACAUUGACCCCUGCCAGCGCGGAGGCGCCCAUCGAUUUGCCUACACUCCCAGCGGGCAAGCGCUUCAAUCCUGCGAAGCUCUCUAGUAGUGACUUCAAAAGGUGUACGGAGCCAUGGGCGCUUAGUUCAAUCAUCGCCUGGCUCAAAGCUAUGACCGAGGGUGAGAACGACCUGAAAGAAGGGCGUAUUCACGAAGGUCUCAUUGCGCUGUUCACCCACAAGGUCCCCACGAUGAACGUAGCUGAUGCGGAAACAUUGAGCAGUCGGGUGGUUGCGGAAAUGUAUAGAGCGGGCACGCUUGUGCACGAGGAAGAGUGGUUGAAGUUCUCAACUGCAAGCAUGACCGGUGUCAUCUUCCAACUCACUGGGGCGGGAUGUUACGCGCCAAUGUUGCAUACAUACACAGCUUCUGGACGAUGCUACUCACACCACUGCCACAGGACUCUCAAGAAAAUUGAUCUCCACUCGCCUUCUGCUGCUGCCCGAUCGGAUGACUGGGCUACUUACUUCAAGGUCAAGAAAGAAGAUCUCGACAAUGUUAGCAAGAAGGAAGUCGAGCGACAGAACAUUCUCCACGAGAUUGUUCAAGGAGAAGACAACUACAUGGAGCGACUGGAUGUCCUGCGUCGUUUGUAUCGCGAUCGACUCACGUCUGCGCAGCCUGCUGUCAUUCCACCCAAAAAGCUCAACAAGUUCGUUCAAGACGUCUUCAGCAAAGUCGACGCAGUUAAGAAAGCAAACGAAGAUCAUCUUUUGCCCCAGUUGAAGUACCGGCAGCAAGAGCAAGGGCCAUGGAUUGUUGGUUUCAGUGACAUCUUCCGCGAGUGGAUCAGAAAAGCAAAGCAAGCAUACAUUGAGUACGCGGCAAACUUCCCCUACGCAAGUUUCCUCGUUCGCCAGGAAUCUGACAGAAACAUGUUGUUCCGCGCCUUCCUAACUGAAGCUCAAAAGCACAAACUUUCUCAGAAGCUGGAUUGGAAUACGUUUCUCAAGGGACCUAUUGACAGGUUGCAGCGCUACGGCUUGCUUAUAGAUACGGUGCUCAAAAACUCGCUUGUGGACAAUGAGGAAAAGCGCAAUCUCCAAAUUGCGAAGGAGGAGAUCAAGGCUGUCGCUCUGGAGUGUGAUAGUCGCGUGGGUGAGAUGGAACGCAAGGUCGGCUUGACCGAUCUACAGGCCAAGCUCAUCCUGCGACCUGGCAUGCAACGCGUGGAACUUAACCUGGACCACCUGGGUCGAGAGCUCAUCUUCCGGGGCGACCUGCUGAGAAUGGGAAGCAGUCGAUUCAAUUGGGUCGAGACUCACGCAUUGCUGUUCGAUCACUACCUGGUACUGGCCAAGAUGGUGGCAUAUCGGGAGCAGGACGGUACCACAAACUCACAGAAAUAUGACGUCUCAAGACUACCCAUACCUAUGGAUCUCCUUGUUCUUGAGAGCGAGGAGGACGACCCGGUUGUACGCAACGCUAUGAAGGGAAUCUCGUCAGUAGCUACAGCAGCUGGUAAAGUCGGCGUUAGCUCUGGGCGAACAGGUGGUGGUCCUGGGCCUGGCGCCUUACAACAUACUCAUACGUCAACUUCCAUGGGAUCGCAGAACACGACCGGAUCUGGGAAGGGAUUAGUGAACCCCAACACAAUCGACAGCAGUAAGGACGAGAAGAUAUUGUAUCCGUUCAGGCUCAAGCAUCUCGGCAAGGAGACGUACACCCUAUAUGCUUCGUCGGCACAAAACAGGGCUGAGUGGUGUGACAAGCUUAUCAUUGCAAAGACACGACAUGCGGCUGCCUUGUUUGCUCAGAAUGCAGAACCCUUCCGGCUUCGCGUCAUGGCUGAUGCGGCUUUUGCAUACGACAGUGCGAUGCCGUCGCAAAGGAGUAUCACCAUCAAGGGCACACCACUCGAUCGGGCAAUUGACGAGGUAGAGAAGCUGUUCGCCAACGCAGGGCGCCCGGUUCCAAUCUGUCGAGCUCGUGUCAACUGCGCGACAGCGUUCCACCAACCGUAUGGCAAGCACAUGGUCGCUGUCGGGACGGACAUUGGCGUAUAUGUUGCUGAAUUCGAAAACCCCCGGGGCUGGUCAAAGGCAAUCCAAAUCCCCCGAGUAACGCAAAUAGCAGUCCUCGAGCAGUUCAGCCUCAUGCUACUCAUCUCAGACAAGUCACUCAUAGCUUACCACCUCGACGCCGUGUGCCCCGUCUCCGGCGUCCCACCAACAAACGACUCGUCGCGCCGUGCACCCCAGAAACUCUCCGGCGCACGCGACAUCGGCUUCUUCGCAACGGGCGUCAUGAAAGACCGAACGCUCGUCUUCUACAAGAAGCGCGACAGUCUCUCCUCGACCUUCAAAGUCCUCGAACCCGUAUACCAAAAGUCGACGGAGAAGAAAUCCCGCAUCUGGAAAUCCGGCCGCACAGAAUACUUCCGCGACUACGACGAAUUCUACAUCCCCGCCGACUGCUUCACAAUCAACCUCUUCCAAUCGAGCCUCGCCAUCAGCACAGCGAAGGGCUUCGAGGUCCUCACCCUCGACAAAAAACUCCCCUGGAGCGUCCCGGACCUAAAACAACAACACGUCGCCACCAUCGCUUCGCGCCUCCAGGGCCAAAUGCCCCUCGGCAUGUUCCGCCUCUCGGACCAGGAAUUCCUGCUCUGCUACGAGGAGUGCGCUGUGUAUAUCAAUAAGAACGGCGAUAUUAGUCGCUCCGUCAUUAUGGAGUUUGUCGGCAAGGCGAAAUCUGCUGCUAUGUACGGCCCGUAUGUUCUGCUCUUCGACCCUGAUUUCGUGGAGAUUCGCAAUGCGCAGAAUGGCCGCCUGAGACAGGUUAUCAGCGGUAGGGAUGUCAAGUGUUUGGAUGAUGGGCUGAGUGGGAGCUCCGCCCAUGAGCGUACUGUUAAGCUUUGCUUGCAGCAUCCGCAGCAGGAGAGGUGUCAGGUUGUGGUUGAACUUGUGCUUAAUGAGGGGUUGAAGGAGUGAGGUGUGGGGGUUGGACGGCAUCGGGUUUUUACCUUCUUCGUACUGUUUUUCUUGCUGUGCUUGUCGCGUUGGAUACCUUGCUUUUUCUGGGCGUCGCUGGUGAAUAUCAUGGCUUGCUUGUCUGGCUUUUCUGGGGGAAGAGGGAUGGCUAUUGGGAUGGGGUUCGAAUUGAUGGGGUAGUUUAAUGUCAAUG